AUGAAGGUGCUCCUUCCGCUUAGUACCAUUGUCGCAGCUGUUUUGGCGCAAACAGGUAUCUUUGAGCCAGGAGGCUUCAAUGUUACCGAGGCUUUGAUCUCCAAUGGGUGCUCUUCCUUGAAGCUCAUCUAUGGUAGCGACAAACUUCUCUCCGAGAAUACAUCGUCAUAUGAUACUUUUACUGGUGCCUACUGGAGUAUUCAACAGAGCUCAGUUAGCCCACAAUGUGUCUUCAAGCCAUCCAACACGAUUGAGGUAUCCUCGCUGAUCUUGGUGUCUCGUUUGGCCCAAUGUCAAUUUGCUGUAAAGGGCGGUGGUCAUGCCGCCUUUGCUGGGGCAUCCAGCAUCGAAAGAGGCAUCACUGUCUAUAUGGAACGCUUCAACCAGGUUGCUGUUUCGAGUGACAAGAAAUUCGCCAAUGUUGGCGCUGGAACUCGAUGGGUCGAUGUCUACAGGACGCUCGAGAAUUCUGGCGUCAGCGUUGUUGGCGGUAGAAUGGCCUCAGUAGGUGUGCCCGGUCUCAUUCUUGGUGGCGGCAUCUCAUUCUUUUCCAACAAGAUGGGUUGGGCGUGCGAUAAUGUCGCAAGCUAUGAAGUCGUUACAGCAUCUGGCCUCGUCGUGACUGCCACGCCUACCAAAUAUCCUGACCUGUACUGGGCUCUUCGUGGUGGUGGAAACAACUUUGGUAUUGUGACCAACUUCAAGCUCGAGGCUUUCCCUCUCGGCAAGAUGUGGGGCGGUCAGCGCAUCUUUGCAGAGAACAACUUCAAGGCUGUCCUUGAUGCCGUUUUCAACUUUGCCACUGUCGAGUCUUCGAAAGAUACUGAUGCUGCUGAAAUCGUAUCCUUUGGCAACUACCCUGGAAUUGGCAAGAUCGCCAUCGUUCAAACUCACUAUGCUCAGCCAGUCGCAAAUGCCUCUGUCUUUGCUGAUUUCAACACACUUACACCUGUAAUGGACGACACGGGUGUCAGUUAUCUUAGCGAUCUUACCAUCAAGUUGAACGGCGGUUCGCCUAACGAUACGCUCGGCUCCCUACAAACGCAGUGGGACGCUACCUUCAAGGUCGACCGGGAACUUUUCACCUUCCUAGUUGAUACUUUCUACUCACUUAUAUCCAAUGUUCAAGAUGUCAAGGGUGCCUUCCCAACCAUCUCAAUCCAGCCUGUCACAGAAGGCCAACUGAAGAGUAUGCAGAAAAACGGUGGGAACGCGCUCGGUCUCUCUCCCGCCAAAGGCCCAAUAUUCAUCAUGAACAUGAGUGCAUCGUUCGCUAGCCCCGAGGGCGAGGCCGCCAUUUUCAAGUUCUUCUCGACUGUUAUUCAAAAGGUCAAGGCUGAGGCAAAGAGCAAGGGUGUGGACAAUGAUUACAUCUACAUGAACUACGCUUCUCAGUUUAUGGAUCCGAUCGCUACGUAUGGACCAGCUAAUGUCGCCAAACUCAUCUCUGUGAGCAAGAAAUACGACCCAGCGCAGGUGUUCCAGAAUUUACAUCCUGGCCAUUUUAAGUUGGCAAAGGGACCACCAAACCCGAACAUGCCAUGA